UUGAUGAAGAACUUGAUGAUCAUAUUUGGGUGGAUGAAAAAAUCGAUGAAAAAGCCAAUAGUUACUUUGAAGUUUUACUAGCAGCUGCUAGAAAUAAUAAUUCUUGGAAAGUUGCGGGUAGACCUACUUAUAAUUAUGGGGAUUCUGGAAGAACAUUAAGACGAAAAAAAGCUGAACUAAAAAAAGCAGCACAAAACACAAAAUCUAUUACUUCUACUUAUCUUUAA